UCUUUCUUUUCUGUUUGCCUUCCCAUUGUGAUUUCAUUCUCCCGCCGGGAAACCUUAUAUUAUAUAAAUAUUUGACUCUUGUUCUUAAUCUUUUCUGUAUAUUUUUGUUUGUCUUUCUUAUGGGAUUGAUUUUUAUCAUUAUUUCAAUUUCCAUCGUCUGGGUAGCUUCUCUUUGGAAGAUUUUCUUCUCCCAUUCAAAACCCACAUUUUUAAAUGAAGGUACACCUUUGCACACAAAAAAUGUCUUGCUGGUUGUUGCGCACCCUGAUGAUGAGUCCAUGUUCUUUUCACCUACAAUAAACUACUUGACUUCAAAAGGGCACAAUCUUUACCUAUUAUGCUUGUCUAUUGGUAACGCAGAUGGCAUGGGAAGCAGUAGAAAAGAUGAGCUUUAUCGUGCUUGUGUAGUUCACAAGAUUCAACUUCAACAAGUGAACGUUUUGGACCACCCAGAAUUGCAGGAUGGUUUUGGUAAAGUCUGGAACCAUGGUUUAGUGGCACGGAUCAUAGAAGAGGAGGUUUACAGUCAUGUGAUUGAUGUGAUUAUUACAUUUGAUAGCUAUGGUGUUUCGGGUCAUUGCAACCAUGGUGAUGUGCAUUAUGGGGUACGCAAGUUCCUGCAUGAUUCUUCACCGGGGAAUAUUGAAGCCUGGGAACUUGUGAGUAUAAAUAUAAUGCGCAAGUAUAGUGGACUGUUUGACAUUUGGAUGUCAAAUUUAGACGUCAUGCAACAUCCAAGUGGUGUAAUGCAUUGCUUGCUUAAUGAGCAUCCAUUGAAGAGCUUCCGGGCAAUGGCUAAACACUCAAGCCAAUGGGUUUGGUUUCGGAAGCUUUUUGUUUCAUUUUCUAGUUAUACUUAUGUUAACACUCUUAGGAAGAUCAAUUGAUUAUAGACGAACUUGAAGGACAAAGCUGCUUGGAUUCGUGCAUGUUCAUAUUUGAACUAUUUCUCUGCAGUAACACGGGUUUCCUACUUGUUACAUGCACUCACUUUAAAUCUAUAUCAGGCAGCUUAGUUUCAGUUUUCACAUUCUAUGAUUUCUAUGCUAGCAAAUUGAGAGCCAAUUUUCUGGAAAACAUAAAUGUUCCGCUGUUUCUACAUUUGAGACCCUUGCACAGAAUCAUUGUUCGCAUUCUUUUGGCUACAUUGUGUACAUCAUGAUCCAAGGUGAUUUGGUCAACUGGUAUAAUUUUUUUGUCUCUCAUUAAUUUUGUUGGAAGGCAUUAAAUAGAGUAAGCUUGGAUAAUGGCAGUGACAUUGGCAGUGGAGUGGUGAAUUCUUCCUACUUUGGAACUCCAACAAUAAUCUUCAGGUUGCCAUUUCUAUUUCAUCUUCCAGUUGAACUUUAACUUUAUUAUUAUGCUAGUACCAAAAAAAGAUUUACUUUUGGCACUCGGUAGUGAUGUUUGAUGGACAUUGGGUGCAGCCAGUCCUGUAGUUCUAGUUAUACAUUUUUCAUGUUGAGCAUAGCUUGCUCUUUUAGUUUUAUCAUUGAACUGUGAAUUAUGUUGUUCUUUAAAUGGAACUUGACAUUUCUCCUUGUUAGAUUUAUAAUAUAUUCGCGGAUUUUUUAGUGCUAGGUUAGCACUCUGAACACAAA